AUAAUUUAAUAUAAAAGAAAAAUGCCAUUAAAAAGAAAAGGUAAAGUUAAUAAGUUUGCUCGUAUGAGCGAAGAAGAACGUGUUCGUUAUAUGCAGCAUCGUGCAGAAUUAGAAUUAGAAGCGAAAAGACGUAAACAACAAUUGGUAGCAAUUUUUAGUAAGAACAAAUUGAAACGCGAAGAAGCUUUUUCUAGAUUAAAUACAGCAAAAAUAAAUGAACAGUGGCGAUUUAUUCUUCGUCGGAUUAAAUGUAAAGAAUUUUACGAAGAUGUAACGUAUCUUUGGAAAAACUUUGAUAGAAUGAUAAAUAAUAAGGAUAAAAUAGUACAAUUAUUGCAUGUAGAAAUAAAGAUGGCAGAUAUUGACCAUAGAAGAUCGCAAGAGGCUCAUAUUGGAAUAAUAAAUAAAAUUAUUGAAUUAUACAAGCAAAAACUUAGAGCUUUAUGUGAUGAUUAUAUUUAUAAAGUGCAUAGCGUUCAAGGUGAAGAAACAAUCGAAUUAAAUAAAUUGAAAAUAAAUAUGGAAAGGGCUUGUAAAGAAAUAAAAGUUAUUACUACAAAUGAGAAAAUAGAAUUGGAGAAAAUAUUAACAAAAACAAGAUCACAAAAUGCUAUUAAUAUUUGUAAUAUAAUUUCAUUGAGAAAAGAUAUGAUGUUAGAACUUCAAAACAAAAUUUCUAUUAAAAUAGAAAGUUUAUCAGAAGAGUUAAAUGAGAUAAUGUUAGAAUAUAAUAAAACUACAGAAACUAAAAGAAAACAGUAUGAAUUUUUAAAAGAACAAGAUGAUGCUAAUUUUACUGAAAUGACACAAUAUCCAAAAUUAAAUACACAAUUACAAAAUAUAGUUAAUACUAUAAAGAAUGAAAUAGAAAAUUUAUUAGAAAAAAGGAAGUUUAGCAUUAAUAAAUUGAAAUAUCAAAUGAAAUUUAUGAGAAACAAAUCAUUGGCGAUAAGAAAAAAUUUUAAAACUAAUCAGAUUUUAGAAUCUACACAGUUAAAAAAUUUAAGUGUUGUUUGUAAUAAUGUCAUAAAGGAUUUGGAAAAAAUUACUAAAAAAGGUUUUGCACUGUUAUCAUUGAUGAAGUUAUGUUCAGAAUUAGAACCUUUAUCGGUGUCUAUUAAAAUGUAUAUUUCUUCUGACAUAGAUAUCGUAGAAGAAUCAACUAUGUAUUGCGUAUCUAAACCAUUUCAAAAAUUAGAAAAGUUUUGGUUGCGUUAUAAUCAUAUAAAGGUCGAAAAUAUUUCGAUGAAAAAAGAAUGUAAUAAAUUGUCAGCAGAAAACAAACAUUUAAGAUAUAUGUUACGUAAUUACCUCAUCAGUGUCUCCAGGAUGGAGACUACAUUACCAAUUACAUCAAUUGUUAUAUAAGUAGAAUGCAAAUAAAAUAAUUCAAAAGAUUUUGAUAAAAA